AAGGGUGAGAUUGUAAGUACUCAGCUUAGGCACAGAUCACCACUGGACAGGGCAGAGAGAAGAGGGUGGAGAGAGAGGAGAAGAAGGGAAAAGUUUAAAACAAGUAGUAAAAGAAUGGGCAACUAGGGUAUUAAACUUUAUUUUAGUAACCUGAAAGCCUCCUAAAGAAAGGGAAAGAAAGUACAAUAGAAAAUAGAGUAGGUGUGAGGUAUGGGCUGUACAGUUUUUCGUGUUAUUCUGGUGUCCUCACUGCUGUGUCUCUAUGGGGUGCAGACACAGGACUUGACAGAGCGGGAUGCACUCUGCAGGGAGGAUGGGUGCUUUGUGCUCCAUUUUCAGCGCAAGAUCUUCCUGGAGGCUUGGCGGAGCUGCAAGGAACACGGGGGCAAUCUGGCCACCAUCAGGCACCCAAAGGAAGCAGCAAUAGUGAAGGAGCUCUUUUCAAAUGUGGAACUGAGACAGCAUCACAGAGGCAAAGCAAAUAUCUGGAUUGGCCUUCAGAGACAGCCCCGACAAUGUGCAACCAACCGUCCCCUGCGUGGCUUCUCGUGGGUCACUGGAGAUCAGGACACCCAGUACACCAACUGGCUACAGGAGGACUCGGCCAGUUGCUCAUCUCCACGAUGUGUGGUGAUGCCUUAUAGCACUGCGGCCCAUGAGCAAGGGCAUAAUCUGAAAUGGAAAGACGGACCUUGUUCGAUUUCAGUGGAUGGCUACCUGUGCAGGUAUAACUUCCAAGGCAUGUGUACAGCUAUUGCUAGCGAGGGAGGUGGGAAUGCACUGUAUAGUACCCCUUUUAACCUGCUGAGUACCCUCUUAACACAUAUCCCGUUUGGAUCGGUAGCAGCUGUGCCUUGUCCUGCUAAAGAUGACCAGUCAGUUCUGUGUACACAAAAGGAAGACGGAACUGUUGGCUGGAACAGGGAACCACCUUUUUGCUCUGAUACUCCUAAGACAAGUUGGUGCGAUAAAGAUAAUGGAGGUUGCCAUCACUUCUGCGUCGAGAAUGACUCGCACUACUAUUGUGAUUGUAAUAAUGGCUAUCUCCUGGCUGAGGAUGGGGUAAGUUGCUUUCUGUCUGACCCUUGCAAUGGGGCUCCAUGUGAGUUUGAGUGCUUGCGUGUGAUGGAUGGCUACCGCUGCGCUUGUCCUGAUGGCUACAUGCUGGCACCUGAUGAACGGGGCUGUGUAGAUGUCGAUGAAUGCCUACAGAGUCCAUGUGAGCAUAUCUGUGUAAAUGCACCUGGAACCUUUGAGUGUCGCUGCCGAGGUGGCUACCGACAAGAUGAAGAGGGUGUCUGUGAAGAUGUGGAUGAGUGUUUGGACAACCCAUGUGCUCAUGAGUGUGAGAACACACUGGGCUCCCAUAUUUGCCACUGCCAUCUUGGUUUUGCCCCACUACAAGAGGACCAGAGUCAAUGUCACGACAUUGACGAAUGUCAAAUCGAAGGAUGUGAACGUAUGUGCAUCAAUUAUGACGGAGGCUUUGAGUGCUACUGUGAAGAAGGUUAUACUCUUCAAGCUGACCAGUAUUCCUGCAGACCCAUUGGGGAGGAUAUGGAGACUCCUUCAACCACCUUCUCCAACCCAUGGAUUACUCUCAACCCUAUUUGGGAAGCAGAGGAUCCUGCCUUCCCAUGGCACCCUCCACCUGAUUCUGACUGGAACUGGCAGACUGAGCUGCCCAAUGUGGAGACAGUUCCGACAGACCUGAUUUCGACAACUGAAGAGGAACCCGAAACCACUACACUGACUGAAAGCUCCCUUGAGGUCAUUAAUGUUGAUGUUGACCUUAAUCCAGAGCAACCAGUUCAUAAUGCUUUUUUUCCACCGGCAAUUCUGACGCCCACACCAGACUAUUAUGAGGAUGAGAGCACCACCGUUCCCACAGUCCACCCUUCCCCCACAGCUUCAGGCGGCGCUUGGAAUUGGCUCUGGUUCAGCUCAACCCAAACAAAGCCUGAGACACAGGAAACUGCAAAAAACCCUUUCAACAUUUUUGGAGAACAUGGGUCCUUUGAACAAGACCAUGACAAUCCUAACAUGUAUGAUGAUAAAUCAGUCACCUUUGGUCCAGUCCAACAAACUUCCACCCUUUUCUCAAUUCAGUCACGAGUAAUAGAGGACGUCAUUAUUGAUAAUGAGAACAGCAGCAACCAGAGCCAAGGAACCAGCUGGUUGCUAAUUGGAUUGCUAGUGCCACUUUGCAUCUUCAUUGUGCUGAUGGUGGUCCUGGGCAUUAUCUAUUGUACUCGCUACACAGUUAAACCACAGAACAAGAACACCAGCGAUUGUUAUCAUUGGAUUGCUGGUGCUGGUGAUAAAGCAGCUGCUGACAUAUCUGGUAGUGUAACUAAAUCUCAUGUUUAAGAACGUAGGACUGUGACAGGACAGUGUGAAAUAUGUAAAUAAACUUUGUUUUGUAACUUCACAGAAGCAAGAGUUCCAAAAGGAAUUUGAUGAAUUGAGGGUAGCGCCCCAUC